AUGCAGAAUUUAGUCAACCGUGGGGAAUCUUUGGGCCCUCAAGAUGAGCUAGUCCUAUUUCCUUCGCCCCAGGGCACGUUUGGGGGAACGAUUCAGUUCUGGAAGGUUGACGACAAACGUUAUGUGUCCAGUCCCGAGUUGCUUUUAGCAGCUAAAUCGAGCCACAGACAAGUAUCUGGGCUCGGCCGUAUCCUGGAUUCAAAUUGGGUCAAUAUUGGCCUGCUUAAAGAAUGGAUACAUGAAUGUUUAGGAAGGCAUGGCGGCAUCUGCGAAAAUCCCUUUCAACUUCACAAGAUCUCACCAGCCUGGCUCAUUGAUACUAUUGACAACUGUGUCGUGGCUGGAGACGGCAUCCAAGACUAUAUCGCACUGAGCUAUACAUGGGGAACUGCGACACAGCUUCAAAACAAGCCCGGCAUCCUAGUCGAGCUCCAAAAGCCAGGGGCCUUGGGCCAGACUCACUUUGCUGACCUUCUCUCACCAACCCUAAAACACGCCAUGGGAUUGACCCGUAUCCUGGAGCAACGAUACCUAUGGGCUGAUACCUUGUGCAUUGUGCGGGGCAAUGGUGAACAAACGGCAGCACAAUUACAAUUGAUGGGGCUUAUUUAUGCUUCCGCUGAACUGACCAUUAUGGCGACCGAUGGGGAUGCCACCCAUGGGAUACCAGGCUUGAGAGGAAUAUCUCAAUCACGAGAGCUUGUCCAGCUCCAGUUCCCAGUGGGAGAAGAUGAUAUCCUGGUCAUCAGGCAGAAUCCCAGCCUCAGCUCUGGUUUUGGAUCCAGUGCAUAUUUCAGCCGGGCCUGGACAUUCCAAGAAUAUUUGCUCUCAAAAAGAUGCCUCAUCAUUGGGGAAGGCCAAUUUCAUUGGAAAUGCUCAUGCAGUAUACAUCAUGAGGAUAUGUACGGCGCUGAGCCAAUGGGCGGAUUGCUUAUUGCAGCUUCCAAAUUUCCUAAAAUAGUCUCGGGAUUGCCGGACUUCUACGAGAUAAGAUUACCUCUACGUGAGUUUAAUGGCAGGGAUCUCAAAUUUCCUGAGGAUGCUCUAGCAAGCGUAAGUGGUUUGCUUGCGAUUAUGAGCCGUUCCUUUGAGGGCGGAUUUAUCUAUGGCAUUCCAGAAAUCUGCUUCGACUCUGGCUUGGUGUGGACCGCAGGCCGCCUGGAGCCUAUUAUGGAAAGGCGCAUUCACUCAGGGAAGAACGAUACAAUUCUUCAGGGAUCUCGGUUGCCUUCUUGGUCCUGGAUAGGCUGGAAAGAAAAGCGUCUUUUAAUUGGCAUCGAAAACAACGGAGAGCUUGGCAACUCCAAUUACAUAACAAGAAGAAACACUAAAUGGUACAGCCAUGAAACUCCCUUUUCCCGUACGAAACAUGCCAUUCAGCCAAGCUUCUUGGAUCCGAUUGGAUACUCUGGGGACGAGGCAUCGAAAGUUUUGCUUCUUGAGGGAUGGGAAAGGGAAAAGUUCGACCCCUCGCAGCAUGUCACGCCGGAAUGGGUGUCAAGAGGGGGUUUCCCUGUGCUUGGAGAGUACGUUUACAAACACCCGAAGCUGCCUGGAAGACAGUUUUGGCGUCAAUUCCAUGUGAAAGACAUCCAUAAUGAUUCUAGCUUGAACCUAGCUCCGCAGCACCCAUUCCUAUCUUGUCAGACGAAAAGCGGAUGGUUUAGGGCGAAACUGCUACCUCAAGCGAGGUUCGUCUGUAGCAACCUGGCUGUCCAUGUCCUUAUUCUAGGGAAAGAUGAAUUGGGCUGCGGCUUCCUUCAACUGCAUUCGGAGGAACAGAAAGCCGCCUUCCUGACCCCCGAAUCAGACGAAGAAACAAAUGCAACUGUUGCAGACAAGGCCGCCGAAGAUGGAGGCUUCCAGGAGAUGUACGGGGUUCUUUGGGUUGAGUGGAAUGGUGGAAUUGCUUAUCGGAAAGGUGCUGGUUACAUCCAAAAGGAGAGAUGGGAGAGUUAUGAUCUGAAGGACGUUGAUCUCAUUCUUGGUUGA